AUGGGGUCGGAAGAUAUUCACGAGAGGGAAAAGGAGAUAGUGGCUUCAGUCCGACCGCCUCAUCAGCGUCGACUGAGUCCGUUCGUUAUCGCUGGUCGUGCCGAAGAGAAACAGCUGGGGAUAUCGACUCGUCGGUUGAACGUCAAUGACUUCGCACUGUUGAAGACACUGGGCACAGGCACAUUCGCUCGGGUGUGGUUAGUGAAGUUGAACGACGAAAGGCAACGCAAGAACAGGGUUUACGCUCUCAAGAUACUCCGAAAGGCAGAUGUGAUCAAGCUGAAGCAAGUCGAGCAUGUCCGCAACGAACGGAAGACUCUCGCAGAUGUUUCCGGCCAUCCCUUCAUCACGACGUUGAUUGCCUCCUUUUCCGAUGAUCAGAAUCUAUAUAUGUUGUUGGACUAUUGCCCUGGAGGCGAGAUAUUCAGCUACCUACGACGCGCGCGACGCUUCAACGAGAAUACAUCCAAAUUCUACGCGGCCGAGAUAGCGUUAACCAUCGAGUUUCUCCAUGACGUGGAGGGAGUUGUUUAUCGAGACCUUAAGCCGGAGAAUAUCCUGCUUGAUGCCGAGGGUCAUAUCAAGCUAGUCGACUUUGGGUUCGCAAAACAGGUUGGCGACCAUGAGACCUAUACUCUGUGUGGUACUCCUGAGUAUCUCGCCCCGGAAGUCAUUCAUAACAGCGGCCACGGCCUUGCCGUAGACUGGUGGGCUCUAGGUAUCCUAAUAUACGAGUUCCUUGUGGGACAGCCGCCAUUCUGGGACCAAAACCCGAUGCGCAUAUACGAGCAGAUCGUCGAGGGUCACAUACGUUAUCCUCAGAACAUGUCGCCCGCAGCCCAGAACAUCAUAUCGUUGCUGUGCAAGACCAACCCGACUGAGCGGUUGGGCUACAUCUCCGGGGGCUCAGCCCGAGUCAAGACGCAUCCCUUUUUCGAAGACAUCAACUGGGAUGACCUGUUCUACCGCCGCAUCAAGGGACCCAUCAUCCCUCGAGUCGAUCAUCCUGCGGACACUGGAAACUUUGAAGAAUAUCCAGAUCCGGAUGUGAAGAAUCAGAGUCUUUACACUGAUGAUUUGAGAGACAAGCCACUCUUUGUCGUCCCGGCGACGACCGCACAUGCGUUCCAAGUGCAACCGCUGGUGACAUCUACCAUAUAUCCUCCACCCUACCAUGACAGGCUUGAAGCCGUCUAUGCGAUUACGGCACUUGUCUUAGUCUUCAGCGAAGAGCUCUACGCCCGUACUAUACUAUCUACUGCGUCCUGCGACGCACCACAAUAUCGCGCGUGA